AUGCCCGGUGUAAAUGUAAGUAUCAAAGAUUUCUAACUUCUGACUAUGGUUGUAGCCUCGAUUGUAUUUGGUGUCAAGUUACCAACAAGAAGGUGUGUUAUGCUAUAACUCCACAUAGGCUCACGUGGCAAUCAUGCUCUCUGUGUGAAACAAUGACGUGAAACAAAAGGAAAUAUUUGGAUUAUUUCAAACAAGUGAAGAGAAAGACAUGCCUAGAGAUGGACUCUCAGUUAGGGGGAGUGAAGAUACCAGGCCUUGUCCAUUACGUUAUAUCACAGCAAUAUCUCGCUGUUGGGGAAUCUUAACUGCAAUAGGAUUAUGGGGCAGUACUAUAGAAAUCCUAAGGGAUUUGAGCCAGUUUUUCUAUGUCGGAUGGUAUUUGAUAGCCAUCUCUAUCUUGGUGACAUUUUUUGAGUUGAUGUGGAUAUUAAACAAGUCCGCUUGCUGCGUGGAGGAAGGGACAUGUUGUCUUAUCUGGAAAGGACUUUUGUGGAUAGAUGAAUGGAAGAAAACAUUGCUCUACCUCGCAUUCUCAAUACCUUGCUUCCUAAGGGGACCAGCUGUCCUCAUGGGUAUUGUAUCUGGUCUGUUAUUGAACAUACUAGGAAUAUUUUACCUGGUGAAAUCAUUUCGCGACAGUAAAUGUUGCCAGCGUGAUGUUGAAAUUGAUAUAGAUGGCACUCCAACCAGCCAGACAACCAGCCUCAUGCAGAGUGAGGUUAAUACACAAACUGAUCUGGAACCUUUAGAAUCUCAGCCUAAUUACCCUAAUGAAAAUAGUCCUACACAAGGACAGGAUGAAAAUGUUGCAUCCAGCUUUACACAAACAACAAAUGAUUGAUACAUUGUUUGGUCUCAAGAAUAUUGUUAACAUAUAAAGAGUUUUACUGAGUUAUUACACAUUUAGAAAGUAUUUUAGGGAUCUUGCUUCAAAAGCAAACUGAAAGCAUGUGUUUUCUGUGUCUGCUCAUUUCUUAAGAUACAUGUGAUUUUUUCCAAACCUUAAAUGUGUUAUUGCGUGAUUAGUCAAUAUUUUUUUCCUUCCUUAAGUUUCUUUUUCAUUCUUUCAAGACAUAUUUAGAGAUUUUCACCAAGGAAAGGUUUCGCUCGUUGAUACAAUGCAAUCAACCAGAUGCAGAGAAAGGAAGUCACUGAAAAUGUUCAUAAAUUUCUUAAGUGCGUCAGUACGUUUUUUGAUAUAAUUUGAGCAGUCAUCUUAAAUAACUAUGAUAUUCAUUAUUUCUUCCUCAAGUCCUCGAUGUAUAAAUAUUUGAUUAUGGUACAAUACUAGAAUUCAAC